AUGGAAUUUACUCCAAUUGGGUAUAUAAAGGGCAAACAGUCUUCACAGACCACUAAUAAUGUACCGCCUAAAAAAUUGGACCUGAAUAUAUCAAAAACUACAAUUGAUGAAAAUGUCAAUGUGUCAAGCAUACAAGAAGGGAACGAAAAUGAGAAUCAAGAUGAGGAGGAAGAGGAUGACGAUUUAGGUCCCAUGAAAAAACGGGUGCGUUAUAGUAUAAAUAAUUCUAUGAGACUAUUUAAUGACGCCUCUCAAUUCGAUGAUACCAUACCUGAAAUAACUCAUAAUAAUAAUAGUGUUAAUGGGAGCGCAAAUCGAAUAUUACCUAAUAUCUUACCAACAGAAUUCGAUAAAGAUCAUAAUGAUAUAAUAUCAAAUAACAAUAUAUCCAACCCAAUUAAACAACAACAGGAAAGAAUAGAGAGUUAUAUUAAGACUAUUUCAAUAUUGAAACUGAAAAAUGAUGCUUUAAUUAAUAUAUUGAAACAAGAUGAUCCAAGUAAGUUAGAUUCAAAUUUAAAGUUAAUAGACGAUUUGUCUAGGGAGAAGGAUAAGAAUAAUAUUUUACAAAGAGAUAACAAUUCUUUACAAUUGGAAAUUAAUAAUCUGAAGGAAAAAUUAAAUGAUUUAGCAAAGGAAGAUGACGAGGAUAAACACAAUAGUAAAAAUUUGCAAAAUAUCCAUGAAGAUUGUGAGAGAGAACAAAAUAAAUUGAAAUCUCUUUUAGAAAAAAAUAACUCAGAGAUCGAAAAUAUGAAUCAAAAGAUAAAAUCUCUUGAAACUGAAUUAAAAGAUACUAAUACGAAGAAUGCUACUACUAUAGCUUAUAAAGAUCAAAAAAACAUCGAAAUUAUAGAAUUGAACAAAAUUACUGAAGAGAAAUUGAAUAAAUUAGAAAACGAACUUAAAAAGUUAUCAAAUUUGGAAGAUCAACAUUUAAAUGAAAUUAAGUCAUUAAAUGAAAAAUUGAAAAAAUCUCAAGAAUUAUUACAAAGCCAAGAAGUAUCUUUUAAUGAUAAGAUUCAACAUUUACAAAAUGAUAAAAACACACUAAAAAAACAAUUAGAUUCCGAAAUUAGUAAGUAUGAAUCAAAGAUUAAAACUUUACAAGAAAAUAUUCAAGAUUUUCAAAAUAAUAUUAAUGAUCAGAAUGAUUUAAUAAAUAAACAAAAUUUACACACACAGAAAAUUUCGCAGUAUGAAAGGGAUUUGAAGGAUAAAAUUAACGAGUUGGAAGAUUUACAAAUCAUUUUAAAUAAUAAGACUAAAAAUUUGAAAGAUCUAGAAGAGAAGCACAAGGAAUUAAAUGAAAAUUACAAACAGUUAAACUCAAGAUAUGAUUAUGAGAUUCAAAAAAGGGAUAAUUCUAUUCAUCAAAUGACUAAUAAUUUAAAUAAAUUAAAGGUCGAUUAUGAACAGGAAUUAAAGAAUAAAGAUGAAUUAAAUAAUGUUAUUCAUUCUCUAAAACAAGAGAUUAUAGAUUUAAAAAAGACUCUAUCUUCUAAUCAGUACGAAUUGGACAAUUUAAAUGAAAGAGAAACAGAUUACCAUUUAACUAAAAAAUCAUUAGAAAAUGAACUUAGUGAUUUAAAACAAAAACUUCAGAAGAAAGAGACUCAGUUGAAUGAUGUGAAAGACGAACUUAGUAAACUUCGGACAAAUAAUGAAAGAGAAUCAAAAUUGGUUGAAUCCAAAAAUACAGAGAUAUUAUCUAUCAAAGGGCAAUUGCAAGAGAUUCAAGAUCAAUUAUCUAAAAAGACUAGUGUUAUAACAGAUAAAGAAAGGGAAAUAACUAGGCUAAUUAGACAGAUACAUAACUUUGAAGAGACAAGAGAUCGCUUAAAUGAUCAAAUCAAAUCUAAAAAUGAGGAGAUAAUUAAAUUAAACAAUAAAAUCAAAAAUUUAGAGAAUCAAGUAUUUCAAAUGACGAUUAAAAAAUCAGAUGAAACUUUAAAUAUUAUUAAUACCAAGAAUAAUGAGAUCCAAUCACUGAAGAAAGAAUUAAAUAAAUUGAAUGAUGAAUUAGACAAGACUUUAAAAACACAUGAUUUAAUGGAAAAUAGAUUUUUACAGAAGAAUGAAACAAAGGUAAAAGAUUUACAGAAUGAAAUAAAAUUGUUAAAUGAUAUGAUAAAUAAUAAAAGUAAAGAAUACAAUCAAUCAGUUGAGAAGUUAAAUGAUGAAAUUAAUGAUUGGAGAAAAAGGUAUGAUUCACUGAAUGAUUUAUUACAAAGACAAUUAAGUGAUACCACGGCAACAAGAGAGAUAUCACCCUCAAAAUUUGGUUCCUCCUUAACUGAUAAAGAAAAAAAUUUAAGAAACGAAAUUAACAAGUCGAAUGAAGACAAAGUUGAACUUUUAAAAACUAUAGACAGAUUGGAGUUUAAUUUGAAUAAAUUAAUAGUUGAAAAUGAUAAAUUAAAAACAACGAAUAUUGAAUUAAAAGACUCUCACUCAAAAUUAUCCGAUGGAUUCGCUAAGUUAUUAAAUAAGUAUAAGGAAAGGAAGAUUGAUUAUAGUAAUAGAUUAAUAGAUCUUGAGAAUGAAAAUAUCAGAUUAGAGAGAAUGUAUGAAAAAGGAAGGUUAAACAAUUUUUCAAGAGACACAGAGAAAUCAUAUUCCAGUUUGGACAAUGACAUGACACUGAAUAGAGAAUUUAAUAUACAAGACAGUAAGAUAGAUUAUUAUAGACUAAAAUAUCACAGAGAAGUUCUUCGAAAUAAUGAUCAAAAGAUUAUCAAUGAAUAUUUAAAAAAUGUAUUAAAUGCUACAAUACAACAAAUGCAAAUUGAUUCAAAUAGAAUUAAGAAAGAGUUAUUAACAAAUAAUCUACAACCAUCUGAGCCGUUAUCAUCAUCGCCAUUGUUUACAAGGUAUUCUCCAUAUGCAGAUAAACCUGCUAGAUUUUAUAAAAGUGAAUAUCAAAUUAUGUUAAGAGAUAAAUUUAGAAAAAGGAUUUUUCAAAUAGUUUGUUGUCUAAGAUUAAAGGAAGUUAUGGAAUCUAAUAGUAGAUAUAACAGAAGGUUGCAGUAUCUCGAAAGGAAGAUAAAAAAAUUUUAUGAUAGUAAUAAUGAUAGAUUUUCUUGGUAA